AUGAGCAAUAUUCAAGAAAUGGAAAAGAUGUUGAUGUUUUCUCUGUGCUUAACGACAAUCUUAACACUUGUAUUGCUUAGAAAGUUCCUCAAACGAACCGCCAUCAAAGUGAACCGACCACCAUCUCCAUGGCGGCUUCCGUUGAUUGGUAACCUCCACCAGCUCAGCCUCCACCCUCACCGUUCCCUUCGAUCCCUCAGCCUCCAGUACGGACCACUCAUGCUCCUUCAUUUUGGCCGUGUCCCCAUACUAGUAGUCUCCUCCGGUGAAGCAGCUCAGGAGGUGCUGAAAACACACGACCAUAAGUUUGCUAACCGUCCGAGAUCAAAAGCCGUUCGUGGGCUUAUGGAUGGUGGGCGUGAUGUGGUGUUUGCUCCCUAUGGAGAAUAUUGGAGACAAAUGAAGAGUGUAUGCAUUCUGAAUCUGCUCACCAACAAAAUGGUUAGCUCUUUUGAGACGGUAAGAGAAGAGGAGGUAAACGCAAUGAUAAGGAAGCUAGAGAAAGCAAGUAGUACUUCUUCAUCAGAAAACCUGAGCGAACUCUUUAUUACUCUACCAAGCGAUGUCACGAGUAGAGUUGCCUUGGGAAGAAAACAUAGUGAGGACGAAACCGCAAGAGAUCUCAAGAAGCGAGUGAGGCAGAUCAUGGAGCUUUUAGGCGAGUUCCCAAUCGGGGAAUAUGUGCCCUUGUUGGCAUGGCUAGAUAGGGUUCGUGGUUUCAAUGGUAAAAUAAAGGAAGUGAGUCAAGGUUUUAGCGACCUUAUGGACAAAGUGGUGCAAGAACAUUUAGAGGCGGGUAACCAGAAAGCCGAUUUCGUCGAUAUAUUGUUAUCGAUCGAGAAAGAUAAAAAUAAUGGAUUCCAAGUUGAAAGAAACGACAUAAAAUUUAUGAUCUUGGAUAUGUUCAUAGGAGGGACGUCAACAACUUCAACUCUACUAGAAUGGACAAUGACAGAGCUGAUUAGAAAGCCAGAGUGUUUGAAGAAACUCCAAGACGAGAUUCGAUCGACCAUGAUGCCAAAUACUUCAUACAUAAAAGAAAAAGAAGUUGAGAAUAUGAGAUACUUGAAAGCUGUGAUUAAAGAGGCCCUCAGGUUGCAUCCUUCUCUUCCACUGAUACUUCCUAGACUCUUAAGUGAAGAUGUCAAAGUGAAGGGAUAUAACAUAGCCGCAGGGACAGAGGUGAUCAUCAAUGCUUGGGCUAUUCAAAGAGACACCGCCGUAUGGGGACCGGAUGCAGAAGAGUUUAAACCAGAGAGACACUUAGAGUCAGCGUUGGAUUAUCAUGGAAAAGAUUUGAACUAUAUUCCUUUCGGAUCAGGAAGAAGGAUAUGUCCUGGGAUAGGACUUGCUUUGGGUUUGGCAGAGGUGACAGUGGCCAACCUUGUAGGCCGAUUUGACUGGAAGGUUGAGGCUGGUCCAAAUGGGGAUGAUUCUGAUCUAGCUGAAGCCAUUGGUAUCGAUGUUUGCCGCAAGUUCCCUCUCAUUGCGUUUCCAACUUCAGUUAUGUAAAAUGCUUUCUCUUUUACCUCUUUAUGUAACACUAAUAAGAAGAGUUGUAAGUAUUAUACAACCCUUCAUUUUGGAAUAUAACUAAGCAUACGCUUAGU